GACAUCUUCGUCACUCUUAUUGCUAAGAUCCAUCGUUUUCUCUCGCUCCAACUCCCGAAUGCGUCAGAAAAGCAGCCGUAUUGGUCGAGUCGGAGUUCGGAGUCAGUCGAGCCAGAUUUUAGUAUCGCGUCGACUACUGUGACGACUACGCAGAAUAUUAGAGCUCCACAAAGUUCGGAAACAAACAGAAAAUGUUUUCACGCACUAUGUUCAGCGUCCUUUUCGGGACGUUGCUGAUAAUUACCAUUGUUCCAGAUACGGCUUCUUAUAACAAAUAUGGAAGAAAUUGCAAUGACAUCGGUUGCCGUAGUGAUGAAACAUGCGUGAUGGCUGAGGAUCCUUGCACUGGCUAUUCCGACAAGUGCGGGCGAUAUCCGACCUGUCAGAGGAUAAGUGGAGCAAGUUGCACGACUAUGGUUUGUGGAGAGAAUGAAUAUUGUAAGAACGAAAAUGGUGCGCCAAAAUGUGUGAGGAAGUCCACAGGAUUAGAAAACGACGAAAUUGAGACACGAGCAAUUCCAAAACGAGAGACUGGUCAUCAAACAGAAGCUGAACCUUCAGAUACUUCUAGAAAUUCGGACGGUCAAUUGUAUCCUAAAUCUUCUGGAUAUCCGUCUGGCUCUGGAUAUCCCAGUAGUAGUGGUUACCCAAGUUCUGGCUCUUCCGAUUCUACAUCGACAAAUCAACCCCGCUCUGGUUACCCCUCCAGUGGAUCAUCCGGUUAUCCUUCUAGCGGAUCAUCCGGUUAUCCAUCCAGUGGAUCGUCUGGUUAUCCCUCCAGCGGCUCAUCCGGUUAUCCCUCCAGCGGCUCAUCCGGUUAUCCGUCCAGCGGCUCAUCUAGUUAUCCUUCCAGCGGCUCAUCCGGUUAUCCAUCCAGCGGAUCAUCCGGUUAUCCUUCCAGUGGCGCAUCCGGUUAUCCAUCCAGCGGAUCAUCCGGUUAUCCCUCCAGCAGAUCAUCCGGUUAUCCCUCCAGCGGAUCAUCCGGCUAUCCCUCCAGCGGAUCAUCCGGUUAUCCCUCCAGCAGAUCAUCCGGUUAUCCCUCCAGCGGAUCAUCCGGCUAUCCCUCCAGCGGAUCAUCCGGUUAUCCCUCCAGCAGAUCAUCCGGUUAUCCCUCCAGCGGAUCAUCCGGCUAUCCCUCCAGCGGAUCAUCCGGUUAUCCCUCCAGCAGAUCAUCCGGUUAUCCCUCCAGCGGAUCAUCAGGUUAUCCUUCAAGCGGACUUCCCGGUUACCCAUCGAGAGGCAGUUCUGGUUAUCCAACAAGAUCUGGAUAUCCAAGCAGUAAUAGCGAACAAACUGUUAGACGAACUGACGCUAGUACUGUAAAUGCUGCCUAUCCAAGCUAUCCAAGCUAUCCAUCAGUAUAUCCGGAAAGAAAUCCAUCUCGCAGUAAUUAUCCGUCUCAAAAUGCAGGAUAUCCUUCUUCAGGGUAUCCAGCAUAUAAUAAUCAACAACGUCCUCCGUAUGCAAAUCAAGGUUAUCCACAAAAUUAUCCACAAGGACGUUAUCAAGAAGGAUAUUAUCCAGGUCAAAAUUAUAUGACCACCACCAAACGUCCUGGUAUUCGAGAUCAACUGACGAAUUUAGCGCGAAACGUGGCAGAAAGGGUGCUAACGCAAACGAUAGUAGAUCGUGUCACUGGAAGACAUUAAUAAAGCUGAUAAUACUACAAUCUUAUUUUCUGUAAAAUCUGCAUAAGGAUGUUCCAAAAUAUAGCACUUUUUUGCCAUUAAAUUAUUGGAUAAUAGAUUGCUAUGAUUGUAAAAUAAAUGUAUGCCAAAUAUG